AUUGUUCUAGUAUGAGAGAAGAGCGGUGUUCGAGCAUUUAUUCGAAUGUUGGUGGUCAGAUUGUUAAAUGCAUCUCAUCGGCACACCCUUUCAUAAGAAACGGAGUUCCACACCAGAAAUCUGUAUGACAAUGAACGUGAUCUCAUAUAGUGAUUAAAUGUGUGCGUGUUAUUACGUAAGAAGUUCAUUCGCGUGUGUUUAAAGGACAAGACAGGAAGUAAGAGGGCGGACUUGUCAACCAGAAACAUACAUUUAACGGACAUGGAGAUGGUAUAUCAUCAUUACUAUAACAGUGGAUUUAGUACAUAGAUCGGGUAUUGAUUCGGUCCUGUAAAAUUAGGUAUCUUCUUCCAAUGCUUAACCCAAAGUGGAUCUAGAUAGAGCGAGCUAUGGCCGAAGCAGCAUAUUUACAAAUGUCACGUGACUUACGUAUAUCAACAUGCACUAUAACGUGCAUUAGUGGGUUACUCUCCGUAAUGAGCGGUCUCGCCAUUCUGUGGGCGUACCGACAGGUUCCACAAUCACGGAACUACACAAGAUAUCUUCUGGUCUGUCUUACUGUAGCAGACAUCUUUACGGCAUUUGGUAAUUUUAUCAGUACAUUUAGAUUUUUCGGAAUGGAACAGAGUCGACCAAACAACGAUGCUUACUGUACAGCCCAGAGUUUCAUUACAACGACUUCAUCAUUGAGUUCGUUUUUCUGGACGACAGCUAUAGCAAUAUACUUGUACUAUGCAGUCGUAUUGCGCAUCAACAUUGCUGAGAAACGCAGCGCACAGGUUCUCAUGACAGUUAUUCCCAUACUUAUUCCAGUAACCAUCACAGGUAUUGCUUUGGGGUACGGUGUCCUCGGGGAGGACGUUUCGUCAGGGAGUGGACCCUGGUGCUGGAUCAGAAAUGAUGUAAACAAUCAAGUCAUGUGGAAACUUGUUACUGGCAAGGCCUGGGAGGGAAUGACGUACAUCAUCACAGUGGUUAUAUAUGUCCUGCUAAAGUUCUUCAAAUGGAGAAAAAAUCGCCGAAGUUGCAGACAAUUUAGAUGGAGCAAUUCGCAUCGCUGUCUCCAGGACUCAGACAACAUAUUUGAGAUAUCAUGGCUUUUUCUACUCCUUGCGCGGAUUUGGGGGACCAUGAGAUUCAUUUUUGAGCUAGCCCAGAUCAGACUAGAUCCAAGUGUGUUCAACGCAUUUCUUUACUUGCAAUGCAUUGGGGAUAGUUCACAAGCCUUCUGGAAUUUUCUCUUCUUCUAUACAUUCGAUCCGGACAUGCGUCAGCUAGUUUGUCCACCAAGAUGUUGUGUACGCGGAGGUUACACUAGUGUUACAGUUCCAAAAGAAAUUUGCCUGGAAGCGUUAUGACAUCCAUUGUACUGAAUCUAGCGAUAAACUGUUUAUUCGAACCGGUACACUUAACGAUAUGUCAUCUAAAAUCAACAUGUUUCAUAUUCCCUGUCUUCAAAAAAAUCUUGACAUACCGUUAUAAACUUUUGAUGGAAGCCAUGUUUUCCAUUUGUUACUCAUCUUAAUUGCAUCAUUUUCUGUGUUAUAAUUUGCAAUUGGUACAGAAAGAAUGGUGAGAAGGUAGAACAGAAAAAAAAUCUGAAAGGAUUUAAAAUCUUGACAUUGGUACACUUUUUCGUCUCUAUAUGUAUAAAAAAAUGUCCUAACUCACCACUUCAUAACUUAUGAGUCUGUAAAACAAGAUAUGUCUCUUAGCAAAAUAUACAAUCAAUACAAAUGGAAAAAGAAAAGACAUAAAAAAAUCGUGCUUCAAAUCUGAAGUAUAAGCUCUAUUUUCCGAAGUGUCACGAAACUUCUAAUUUAUAUGAAAAUAGAUAGUGUAAAAAGUUGCCAUACAUAAUAUGCAGGUGUCCUAAUGUAAGAACACUUCGAUGCAAGUACAGAAAAUAAAUAACAACGCUAACAUUUAUUGAUAAGUAUACUAUAUGUUAAACUCAUAGAACAGCGUCAAGUUCAACGGAGCAGUUUCGAAGCAGUAGGUGCUACCGCUACGACAUCAUUGACAACGUCAACGACAUCAAAUAUUUCCAAAAUCAUAUUAUUUAUUUAAACAUUUAUGUAUUUUUUGUAUAUAAUGUAUCAUUUCAUCUUCAUGGCUGUCAUGUAUCUACAUUUAAACAAUAUCAUAUUAUAUUUAAGUAUGUAGGUAAACAUCUGUGAUUUACACAGUGAAAGGAGUAUCACUUCGUGAUUGAAGUGCGAAUAUUUUUAUCCAAGCAAAUUAUACAUAUGGAAAAUCUUACAUUGGUUUUCAAGUCUUAUCUGUUACAUUUAGAAUCUUGUUUUCUUCCCUUAUCGAAGAGCAUCAAAGAUUGAAUAAAGCAAAUUCUUGUAUAAAUGGUUGAGUUUUGCUGACUUUGGUCUAAGGGGCUUUGCAAAUAUAGAUAAUAAAGUUAAAUCUUUAAAAUCCUA